AGCCGGGCCGGGCCGGGCCGCGCCGCCGCCGAGCGGGGCUCCUGGCGUCGGGAGUCUCCCGCGCCGCCUCCUCGCGGUGCUGAAAUUACAAAGGUUUGAAGAAAAAUGUGAUUGGAGGGAGAGUGACACUCACGGCAGGCUAGCUAAACAAAUGAGCAGCUGUUUAGCAUUCACAAGGCUGGCUGAGAUCGCAAGAACAGCAGACAAGGAACUCCACAAAACACAAAUUAUCAGAUUUCUAUGGCCUACUAUUUACUAUGUUGCUACUUGCUGUGGAAUCGGACAAAUGCCAAAGCUGAGCCAUAGUGGAUGGCACUAUGUGGCUAGGAAAUUCAGGAAAGGUAUUUAAAAAAAAUGAGUGAAUCGUACCAGGGAACCUUCUUUAUAACUCAUAGGAUUAAUGAAGUAGAAAAUCUAGUGGUUCCUAUGAGAAAUGGUCUCUGCAGCCAGAAAUUUAUUGACUAUAAACAGCUAUAUGAACUUGUCACUGAAGAAAAAAAGGCAUCUACUGAAAUUCAAUUAGAGGUUAAAAAAAUGGAACAAGUUUCAAAAAUUAACAAAGAGCAAAUACUGUUGAAACAGCAUCACCAAGUGUGGUGGCAAGAGCAUAAAAGACUGAGUGAGAACAGGCAAAAAGCAGAAGCAGAAAUACAGACUUUUCUUGAUGAAGGAAGCCAUAAGUACAACUUUUUUUUGGAUAUGUGGAACUUGGCACAUAAAUUAUCAGAGGAACGGGAUACAUUCCAAACAAAUACUGUAGUUCCUAUCUGGCAACUAAGAGAGAAUUUGAAAUUCAGGCUGUCUGAAGUGCAGCAUUAUCCCUCAGAAGAAUCUUGUCUGAAAUACAAGUUCAAUCCAGUUGAGGUGCUACAGCAGAUAGACUUUGUGAAGAAACAACAGAAAGCAAUUUUGGAAUUCCUUAACCUUGAAAGUCUGGCUUUGGAAAAAGAACUUGAAGACUCUAAAAGAAAAGCAUUAGCACAAUCUUUUGAAGAGACAAAUGGACUUUUCCAUAAAGUUCCUUCAGCACUACUGUCUUUGGAAUGCCCCUCUCCUAAUUUGAAGACUUUGAUUAUCAAUGAAUACCGUAAGCUUGCAAGUGAAUACUGGUCUAAGCUUCAGGAGAUUGAUCAACAGUUAAAUGUCAUAUAUAGGAAUAUUAACUGGAAAGAUGAUGAUCAGUGGAUUUAUCAGACUGUUAUCCGCCAGUAUCCAAGUGAUCUUCAGAAAAGAAGGACUUUGUACCUUGAUGUGUUGCAGAGAUAUCUUCCUCACAAAUCUAGGCGUGAUCUGGUCAUUCAUGAGAAAGCCUGGGAUCGUUAUUGUUUCACUAGGAAUCAGCGUAAACUUUUGAUAUUAAAUUGGGCUCAGGCUAGGAAAGCCUUUUUACUUAAGGCAGUGACCACUGUUGCUGAAGCCUCUGCUGCUCAUGAGAAAAAAGUAGUAUUGGCUAAUACCAGACAAAAGCAACAGGAGCUCUGUGCUGAUCUGAAAGCAAAGGUUGUGCAGUGGAGAGUGCAACAGGAGGAGGCUGCUAAACUAGAAGCUGCUAGAGCAACUAGAAGAAAACAGAAGAAAAAUGAAAAAGAAAAGAUACAGAAAAAACAGGAGAUGAUUCGUAGAGCACAGGAGAUAGAAAAAGUGAAAAAAUACUGGGGUGAAAAACAGCUCAAGUGGCAAGAACAGGAAGAGAAAUAUAUACAGCAUCUGGAAGAAUUAAGAAAAUUAAUGGCCGAACAAGCAAUUAAAGACAAAGAAAGGGUAAAGUUUAGAGGAGCAUUGUUAGAAAAAAGAUUGCUGGAGAAAAAGGAACUGGCCCUUCAAGAAGCCCAUAAAGCAGAAGAAAAAGAGAAAUGCCUUGAAACACUCCGACAACAGGUUGCUGUUGUUGCAAAAUUAGAUCCAGCGAGAGCAGUGUCUGAUACGGUGGCAUCUAAAGCUAGGAUGGGCAUUGGAAUAAAAGAAGACUUUGUUCUUCAAAAGCCACUAUUUAAGCUGCAUACAUACAACGAACAACAGAUCAUUUCAGAUCCUAGACUUCGUGUUGAGCUAGUUCUUCGAGAAGCUGGACUUCAUAAAACACUUUAUGCAAAAGAGAUCUUACCAAAAAUUCCUCCAUUGAAGCUUCCAAGAAGAGAUAUGGAAUCUACAGCUUUUAAGCCAUAGAGGACACCACAUGUCAAGAAUUGAGAGAAUGCUGGGGUAGGGUCUUGGCUAUUUUGUGAAACUUUUAAUAAACUUCCCAUAGGCUAUUUCCUGGAA